AUGAAUCCGCACGAAUUUUACAAUGACCCGGCGCUGGAUGAUGUGAUCCUUCAAAAUAACACACGGACAAGGAACAAUGAUGGAGGAGAUCGUCGAAAUAGCUUGGGAUCGUCGAGGCGAAGUUACUCUGACGCGACGGCUCCCGUACAAACUCAACUUCCAGCCGCACCGGAAGUCCCUCGAGGACCGCCGAUCUCAUAUCGAGGCGGAGGAGGGCGGGCAGAGCCCGGCAUGCAGAGAUCAUUCUCGCAAAGGGCGAAGGGACGGCCAUUCCAUAGGGAAGCUUUCGCUGACGUGGAUGAGGUUUACACCGGCGACACUCUCAAUCCCAAGAAACACUCAGGAACAAAUGCCAAUCAGGAAGAUGUCGUGCCAGGAAUCCCCCGAAAGCCUGUUCCUACCGAUGGUAUCCGGUUGAGGACCACCGGCCUCAAUGGGAUCGGCCCUGUACCCAUCCCUCGGAGAGAGGCGCAGUCAGCUCGAGAACCAUCUGCAGAGCCAGCAAGACUGCAUCAAAAGUCACGCCCGGCCUCAGAAGCGCCACGACACAUUGACGAGCCACCAUCGGUAGUGAGUAGAUCUAGUGCACUUCGGGACGAGGUUCAGCGACGAGACUGGGCUCCCGAUCGGUCUCCUCUUCAGAAAUUGGAGGUUACCCUCAACGAUAUCAACAAGGAGGCUAAGCGCGCGAAGGUCCAAGAAGCAGAAAUGCUUAUCCGAGAGCGCAAUGCGAACAAGGGGAACAACGACAGCAACUCUCCACGAGAGCCUUUGCCUACUCACAGGAGUGUUUCUGGCUCCAAACGCACUACUUCUCGUCGCGACCCUCCAACUGAGGCAACCUUGGAAGACGUAGGAUUAGUGCGAAACCUCAGCACAACUCACCGACAACGGCUGCAGCACAGCACAACACUGGACAAUCAUCAGCCUGACAUCAGAACUUUGUCCGGGGAAGGUCCUUCGGGCUUUGACUACACCGUGUCAAGCCCCAUGCAGACAAGCGCCACGAACAAGCCUCGCCGAUCAAGCACCAAGUAUCGAGGCGAUGACAGAGACGCAAAUGAGUCACCGGAGCUCGCGGCACGCUCAGAAUUUGCCAGUGGACCUUCAGAAACGAUACAGUCGAGAAAACGAAAAGAGCACAAAUCAGCAGGCGGACAAUCAUCGCGCUCGGGUGACAUCGACAGACAGCCUGUUGCUGAGCACACACUAGACAGGCGUCUUCCCCGGCGAGAAAGCUUGAUGGAGAGACAGAAUGCGUCUCACAAAGCAACUUUGGAAAAAUUGACAGGAGUAUCUGCGCCCAAUUCUCUUGCUAGAGAGGGAUCGCGAAAACUUCAAAAGCCUCGGCCGGCCUCCAUCGACCGAACAAUGCCAUCUGACGCAUACCCGAGUCGGAUACCAGUACCAACGACCAAAAAGUCUGAAAGCAUUGAUCCGACGUCGUGGAUGACUAUCUCGAACUCGCCUGUCAGUCAGCGCCAUCCUCCACAUACACCUCCUCCAGCGGUUCGAGGCCUUCAGGCUUCUCCACAUCCUAGUAGCCCACGCUCGCCUCCUGAAAAGGUUGCCGAUGCCAUACGACAACGCCAGCGCAAAUCCAGCGUUUCUUUCAAGGAGCCUAUGAACCGACGUCCUGUGGAUGAAUGGAAAGAGGCCGGAACGGCAAGACUCACUGCAGAAUACUUCUCUAUGGAAGCCGCUGCUCCACUCGACAAAAGCAAGGCUUGGUGGGAACAACCUGCUACAGGGUCCGGGCGACGUCGGAGUCGAUCAGCAUCAGCGUCGAAUCAGGCAGGCCAGGAGGGACCUAUAGAUGACAAGACUGCUGAGUUCAGGCCUAGACUUUACUUACGAUGUGGCCCCUUACUUCGCUAUACAGGCAUGAAGAAGGUCAAGGUCUGGAAUGGUAAAGAUCGUGAAGUAUGGCGAGGAAGCGUUUUGAUUGUCACGCAAGACUCACACUCUUCUUACGACGAGCCGCCAACUUUACGUCUAUUUUGCCAGCCGCGGGAAUUGCUACCCCCUCCUCCUCAUCACGUGGGAGAAAAUGGUCUAAGCCCAGAGUAUAUUGAUCCUGUGGCUGGCUUGAUAAAGUUGUCCAGGACUGGCCGAGCAUUGUACGUGCGUCCAAUUGAUCACCUUGAGGAGGGUAAGGAUCUGUCUCAGCUUGAAAAUGAUGAUGGUCUGUUUGAAAGCUCACCUAGCCCAACUGACCUUAAUGGUUACCACAAUACGCCAAUUGAGACGAGGUCCUCAAAUUCAGAUGGCGAGCGGCUCGGCAGGUAUUCCGAAGUCAAAGGAGCGAGGCUAUAUGCUGAUCCUGACCGAGACGUGACAUUCUGGCGUUUCAACAUCGAAGUUGAACUCACGGAGCAACAGCAGCAUGUCGCCUAUCGGAUCAAUAGAGGCGCUUCUGUUGGCUUUUGGAUUCCAGCCCAAGGACAGACAAUGAACAUCAUGUUCCACAGCUGCAAUGGAUUCAGCUUGUCAGUGAACCCAAAUAAUUUCAGUGGACCUGAUCCAUUGUGGAGGGAUGUCCUGAAUACUCACGAGACGCGCCCUUUUCAUGUCAUGAUUGGCGGUGGUGAUCAAAUCUAUAAUGAUCGGGUCAUGCUUGAGACCCAACACUUUGGCGCGUGGACGCGGAUGCGAAACCCUGCACACAAGCACAACGCCCCAUUCACGCAUGAGAUGAAAGAAGAACUCGAAACCUUCUAUCUCAAUCGAUACGCUAUGUGGUUUUCUCAAGGUCUCUUUGGUAUGGCAGCCAGUCAGAUUCCCAUGGUGAACAUUUGGGAUGACCACGAUAUUAUUGAUGGUUUCGGUUCGUAUCCCCACCAUUUUAUGGAAACUCCGGUGUUUUCAGGCAUAGGAAACAUUGCUUUCAAAUACUACAUGCUUUUCCAGCAUCAGAGCGUCCCAGAAGAAACAACGGCACAUGAGCCAAGCUGGGUCCUCGGCAGAGAGCCUGGGCCAUACAUCAAGCAACUCAGCAGAAGCGUUUUUAUGCGAAUGGGUAAGCAUGUCGCAUUUCUCGGCGUGGACUGCCGCACUGAACGCAUGCGCAAUGAAGUUCUCAGUGUUGACACUCUCGAUAUUAUCCUCGAACGAUGCAGAAAAGAGUUGAUCGAGGGUGAGACGAAACAUCUGCUCAUUCUAUUGGGGGUGCCAAUUGCUUACCCACGCUUGGUAUGGUUGGAAAACGUUCUUACAAGUCGUCUCAUGGAUCCGGUAAAGGCUUUGGGAAGAGCAGGGGUGUUGAAAGGCGGGUUUUUGAACAAAUUUGAUGGCGGCGUGGAGAUACUGGAUGAUCUUGAUGACCACUGGACUGCCAAAAAUCACAAGCGCGAACGGAACGACUUCAUCAAAGAUCUACAAGAUCUCGCAGCAGAAAAGUCUUGUCGUAUCACCAUUCUGAGUGGAGAUGUUCACCUUGCAGCAGUCGGCCAAUUCCAUUCAAAUCCGAAGCUCAAGAUACCAAAAGACAGAGACCACCGAUACAUGCCGAACAUCAUAUCUUCAGCCAUUGUGAAUACACCUCCUGGUGAUAUGCUGGCAGACAUAUUGAACAAACGUAACAAAACUCAUCAUCUGGAUAUGUAUACUGACGAAAACAUGAUCCCCAUGUUUACACAUGAUGUUGAUUACAAGAAGCGGAACAACAGGCAUCUUCUACCACGACGCAAUUGGUGCUCCAUUCAAGAAUAUAUCCCUGGUUCCACCCCGCCGCCUUCACCACCCGAAUCUCCAGCCAUGUUGGAGGAGGGGGAAGAUGAGGAACAAGGCACGCCCGACGCACGUCCUCGACGCUUCUCCUUCAGCAAAGAAGAUGUCAACCCUAGAGCUUUAUUCCGUCGACUGAGCUCUCGGCGAGCACCACCAACCUCGUAUCGUGACGCUAUGUAUGAGCAGGAGCGCUCUGCUUCUCAUGACGGUACUACCCAGCAACAGGACCGUUCCGUCUCCCAAAACUGGAAUGCAUCUGGUUCGAGGCAAUCAUCCGGUGACUUCCACGCUACGGCUCGACCACGUGCAUCGUCCUUUGAUCAAGCCUCUUCUGGCGCUCGAAUCCGCCCAAAUAUGUUCCAACGUCGGCCAACGAAUAUAUCAGAAAAGGCCGCCAGGAAGGGGAACAUUCCUGCUGUUGACGCCGAAGGCAAUGAGAUCGAUGUCAACGAUCAUAUCAACUUGGAAGGAGGUCUGGAUAUUGUGCUCAACGUCGAAGUCGAUCAAAAGCAACCCGCUGGAAUCACAAUCCCUUAUCGACUACUUGUUCCCGCUCUUUGGUAUGAUGGCAGCUCAGACCGCGAAAAACUUGAUGAGAAUGCUGGUGUACAGAGAAUACCUACUCUUCUCGAUAGAUUUGGUCUGGCUGGGCGACGACCCAGCAAGAGUUCACAUGGUCCUGAAGGCAAUUGGGGCCAGGUACAAAGUGAUGACGAAAGCUUCACAGAUGAAGAAGUCUAUCCAAAGACGGCGACGCCACGACGACGAUUCAGCCUGUUUGGCAGUCGCAAACAGCAAAAGACGGACGACUAUCUUAGCGACGAAGAAUCGGAUCAUGACGUACAAUCAGGUACAGUUCCCGCAGGUCGACCAAUCCAGUCGUGGCAGCAGUCAAGCAACAAACCGCAAUUCUCCCAGCCUUAUCAAGCCCCGACAAGCCAUGAUAUUCUACACGAUUCAGAAAGCCGGCCACCCCCGAGCCACCAUCUAGAGCCCAGCAACCAUCCCAGCACACAACGUUCUCUGACCAUCGGAUCCUCCUCGAACAAUCGUCCAAUGAUGCAGGCGCCCAAGACUGUAAGCAGUACGCACUCCUCUCCAGCACCACCGUCCAGCUUCAACGCCGGUCAGCCUCCCAUAUCAAGUGGACCUGGAGACUUUCCGAUGCGUCGCCUGAGCAAGCAAGAGCGUGUCCUCGGUAUCUCGCCAUCCGAUCCCCAGCCGCACGCCCCACCUAACAAAUUGAGAGGCAAUGGUAUCAUCGGCAAUGAGUCUUACCCUCUUGAUCCGCCCAAAGGCUAUGCAAGCAAUCAAUCUUACCAGGAAUCAAAGCCUAGGAGGACUUUCAGCCUCAAGAAGGCCAGGGACUGGCUAGACGGUAGACAGAGAGAUGACUUUGAUUGA